UCAAAUCGAGUAGGUAUAUAGAGUAGAGUGAUUUGUUUUGAACGAUUUCGAAAUUUGGUGGAUCUAAUGAUUAUUCCAACCAUAAUUAAAUAACUGGUUACUGUGCUAUCUUAUCAGUCAGUUCACUCCAGACAUUUCAUACCGACUGUUUCUGAUGUUGUGACACUGUUUCAGUAUCAAUUUCGAAAAGAAAUGGCCCUUUCGAAAAGCCAUCGUUUUAUUCUUCCAUCAUUCAAUUGUUUUAGAAAAGAGCAAGUGAUAGUGAGGUUUCUACAUAUAAAAGUUCAGUGUUGUAAAUGUCUUACCCCAGAAACAGUUAAUCCGAAUUAUAAAGGACUCGAAUAUGCUAUAACCGGGCCAAUACUACAGAAAGCAGUUGAACUUGAGAGGGAGAUUCAACAGGGUAAAAAGAAAAAGUUUCAAAAUGUGAUGCGUCUCAAUAUAGGAGAUGCCCAAUCCCUUGGUCAAUCACCCAUAACAUUCCUUCGACAAGUACUUACUUUAGUAGCAUGUCCAAAUUUGAUGACCGAUAAAAGAUUCCCAGAUGAUGUUAAAUUGCGAGCUAAAAAUAUUUUGGACAAAUGCCCUGGUGGAUCGGCUGGUUCAUAUUCUGAUGCUUGUGGAAUGGAAGUAAUAAGAAGACAAAUUGCGAAGUAUAUAGAAAAAAGGGAUAAUGUAUCCAGCCACUGGAGAAAUUGUAUGAUGGGUCAAGGUUAGUGAAU